ACAAGUACCAUGACGCAGCAGUACAACUUCCGCACCCACUUCCGGCUGCGAAGAACGUCCGUGACUCGGGCGGAGGGAAGGAGACUAGACGAGACAUGGCGUCGCCCACAGAAGAGAACGGAACAGCUCCGCACACGGAGGCGGAGGCGCCGUCCACCUCGCUGGCUCGUCUGAAGCUGGAGAACCUGCUGAACAAGAGCAUGAGGGUGCGCAUGACAGAUGGCCGCACGCUGGUGGGGCUCUUCCUCUGCACCGACCGCGACUGCAACGUCAUCCUGGGUUCGGCUCAGGAGUUCCUCAAGCCCUCAGGUAGCGCGGCGAGUGCGGCGGACGCCUCGGCGACGCCGUCUCGACGCGAUUUCUUCAACGACGGCGUACGUUUAUCCCUCCCUCCCCCAGAUUCGUUCUCGCAGGGGGAGCCGAGGGUCCUGGGCCUGGCCAUGAUCCCCGGGCACCACGUCGUCUCCAUCGAGGUGGAAUCCGAGAGCCUCCUGAGCGCGUAGCCCCGUGAGGACGCCCGUCACACUAUGACCACGCAAACAGCCCGCUGCGUGGACUGAGUCCGAGGGGACCCCCCCCAGAGAGCUCCGGCGUGGUUCCGAGGCAUCGCGAGCACCUCCUUGUGGUGGGAGAAGUGCUGGAAUUCCUCGGUUUUGGGUGCAGCCCUUUGACUCUUGUGUGAAGCGUGUGUGUGUGUGAGAGAGAGAGAAAAAGAAAAGAGACUGUGGUGAAAGUUUUGCUGUGUUAACUAUUGGCUGUUUUAUAUAAAGGAGAUGUGUGGUCGAAUUCUCAGUGGAUGUUUUUGUUUUCGCUGCGGUCACCGUGGGACACACCUAGUGCGGGGUCACUUGCUUUACGUUUACAUUUCUCACACCCUCAAGCGUCUCUUUCCACUUCAGUUAUGGCUCAGUUAAUGGGAGCGGUUCGAAGGACUGGGGGCCCCACAGACGCAGCCGUUUGUCUCCGGGGAUGAGCUGGCUGGGGACGGACUUGCGUUACUCAGAGGGUGGAGGGUAGAAGCAGGACCGCUUGUUAAUGUGGGCCAUGUGAGUGUGGUCCAGUUACGGGGAGAACACCUUGAGCCUGUGC